UUAGCCGUGAUGUCUUAUGACCGAUACCUGGCCAUCUGUUAUCCUCUGCAGUAAAACACACGUAUGACAACUCAAACAGUUACGAUGCUAAUUGCUGUCACGUGGUUGUUCCCUUUUCUUGCGAUUGUUGUUUUGAUAUCGUUGACUUCCCCUUUACAGCUGUGUGGAAACAUCAUUCACAAAGUUUACUGUGGAAACUUCUCUGUGGUCAAACUGUCGUGUUCUGACACCACAGUCAACAACGUCUAUGGACUCAUCUACACAUUUAUCUCCAUCAUCCUUCCUCUGGUUUUAAUCCUCUACACGUACGUGAGGAUUUUAAAGGUUUGUUUCUCUGGUUCCAAGCAGACGAGGCAAAAAGCCGUCAGCACCUGCACCCCCCACCUGGCCUCGCUGCUCAACUUCUCCUUUGGUUGUUCAUUUGAAAUUGUGCAGAGCAGAUUUAAUAUGAACAGCUUACACAACAUAAUUUCCUUCAUAAUUUGUUUAUCCUUGUACUUUCUAACAUGUCUGCUGCUCUUUACUCCCGUACUGUACGGACUGAACAUGACUAAGAUUUGCACCUUGUGUCAAAGUCUGUUCAGUGGAAAAGGCCGGAUACUAGACGGCCCCAAAAAAAAACAGAGUUCCCAGGCUCGGGAGGGCCGCAUCGUGGCCGCUCAAGGGCAGGGAACAAGGGCUCCGGUGGACGGCCCGGAGGCCGGUCAGGGGCAGAGGGCAAGAGCUCGGACCUCAGCCCCGGACGUGGGGCAGGAACAGGAACUGGCACCGCGAGGACCUCCGAAGCCGGAACCAAUGUGCCGUCUGCCGGGACCCUCCGGCGCGGGACAGGGACUGGAGCGGGGACUGGAGCGGGGACUGGAGCGGGGACUGGAGCGGGGACUGGAGCGGGGACCAUGA